UUAUAAUAAAUACCAAUAUUUUGAAAUAAGUACACUUGGAAAACAAUGGCAUCAACAAAAAACUGGGGUUUCUGUGAUCUAUCCCUCAGUAGAAAUUACGACGUCAACAAGUUAUAUUUUUUAGAGAGACUUGGUUACAACACAAUUGCUAUGAAUACACAUGUUGAAGAACCCAGUGAAGAACCAAAAAAGAAGAAGAAAAAAGGUGAAGUUAGAGAACCUCAAGACUAUAUACCUGCUCCGGUAGAAAUUCGUAAAGACUUAACAGAAAAUUUAAAACUUAGUAUUCUUCAACGAGUAACAAUAGAGUUCUCAGAGUCAAGCAUUGCCCAUAAAAUUAACCGUUCUGAAAAUAUCAAAAAGUAUGAUUUUGUCGCUGUAGUGCCGAAAACGUUGCAAGCUUUUCAAUACGCCUGUGGCACUUUAGAUAUUGAUAUAAUCAGUUUCGAACCUGAGACUAGAAUACCUUUCAAAGUUAGCCGUAAGCUUUACCGACAAGCAGUAGAUCGAGGGAUUUUCUUUGAGCUCAUGUACUCACCAGCUAUCAGAGAUACAACUGCGAGGAAAAACAUUAUAAGCACAGCACACAUGUACCAUGCAGUUGGCAAGUCUAAGAACAUUAUUGUUACCAGUGGAGCGCAGGACUCCACACAAGUCCGCGACGUGCACGACGUCAUCAACUUGGGCUUCAUUCUAGGACUGAACAGCAACCAGAGUCUCGACGUUAUCCGAAGCAACACUAGAAAGCUUAUCGUGAAGGCUGAGGGAAGAAAGUGUGGGAAAUUGUAUAUGACUGUUAGAACUCUAACUGAAAAUGAUGAGAAUAAAACACCUGCCUCCUACACUCGUUUUUUAUAAAAUUAUGUAGUCCAAUGACCUUUUAAAAAUUUAUCAAAAUUUAUUUCAUUAAAACCUUAUUUUUCUACAAAUACAAAUAGCAUCACAGUUAGGAAACAUUUGUACACAUUUAUAA